GUAGACGGUUACCAUUUUAAACAUAUAUCUAUGAAUUAUCAUGGAGGUCUAUCACGCAAUAUCACGGUUUGCUAUCAAACAGGUCGAAGUUGACGGUAUUUGAUAAGCGAUCGCAAAAUUGGUUUUACAAAACUGAUAGAAAGAUGCCAGAAAACGUGCUGAAUGGGGAUCAUGUGGAAGUAAAGACCGCUAACUGCGAAACUGAAGAUAACGAAGAAGACAGCAAUGAUGCAGAUGUACAUUUUGAGCCUAUUAUUUCUUUGCCAUUGAUAGAAGUGUCCAACAAUGAAGAAGAUGAAGUUGAAAUGAUAAAAUUGAGAGCAAAGUUGUACCGUUAUGAUUCUUCUAAUAAUCCUGCAGAAUGGAAGGAACGUGGAACAGGGGAGGUCAAAUUAUUAAGACACAAAAUAAAAAAUACAGUGAGAGUUGUAAUGCGUAGAGAUAAAACACUUAAAAUCUGUGCUAAUCAUUUUGUAACUCCUUGGAUGGAAUUGAAAUCCAAUUGUGGUAGUGACAGGGCAUGGGUAUGGAGUGUGCUUGCUGAUUAUGCAGAUGAACAGCUUAAACCAGAACUAUUAGCUAUAAGAUUCGCGAAUGCAGAAAAUGCAACUGUUUGGAAAGAAGCAUUUGAAAAGGCAAAGAAGAUAGUGGGCUCUGAAUGUGAAAUAUAUGCUGGCAAAAAUAAUACCGAAGAAAAACAUACUGAGAGUGAUAGUGAACCUUCUAGUGAUGUAAGUUAUAGUGAAAGUACUGAUAAUGAAGAACAAGGUAAAAAACUGGCUGGAGAAGAUUUAAGAAUUGAAAAUAAUGAAACUGAAAAAGUGGAAGCUUCUGAAAAGCAAACACAGGAUGGAGAAAGUGUGGACAAAGUAUCUAAGGAUCUUGAGCAAUUGCAAGUUAAGGAUGUAGAGGAAAAAAAGUAAAAAGCUACAUCUCUAUAAAUUGGAGGUGUUAACUAUAAGUGCACAUUCCGACAUAAACAUACAUGCAUGCAUAUGCUUAAGUAUUUGACCAUUGAAUUUAAUGUAGAAAAAUAUUUUAG